AUGUCCAAGGAUCACACCUCGCUCCCCAUGCAGAGCUUCUCGGUCGAUGAGAAGGCCGGUCACGACCCCAUUACGGGCCACCGCACGCCUUCCGUAGGCACCCCUGGUCACAGCGGUAUGGGUGCACAGCCCACCAACGGCAUCCUCCCAGGCGGUCCGGCCAAGCCGGACAAGAAGAAGAUCCACCCUGCAGUCAUCAUUGUCCUGUGGAUCUCCCUCUCGAGUAGCGUUAUCGUCUACAACAAAUUCGUCCUCGACCCCAAGCAGCUCAAUUUCCCCUUCCCCGUCUUCCUCACCACCUUCCACAUGGCCUUUGCUACUGUCGGCACCCGUCUUUUGGCGAGGUACACCCACCUCCUCGACGGUCUUGCCAACGUCGAGAUGACAAACGAGCGAUGGAUCAAGAACAUUCUGCCCAUCGGUGCUCUCUUCUCGUGCUCGCUCAUCUUCAGCAACAUGGCCUACCUCACCCUCGGCGUCAGCUUCAUCCAGAUGCUCAAGGCUUUCACCCCCGUCGCCGUUCUCCUUAUUUCGUUUGCUUUCGGCCUCAAGCAGCUCUCGGGCACUCUCACCAUGAUUGUCGGUUGCAUCUCGUUCGGUGUGGCGCUCGCUUCUUAUGGUCAGGGCGACUUUGCCAUGUCUGGUUUCAUCUGCCAGGUGCUCGCUAUCGCUUUCGAAUCGUCGCGCCUCGUUAUGAUCCAGGUACUUCUGCAGGGCCUCAAGAUGGACCCUCUUGUCUCGCUUUACUACUUUGCUCCCGUUUGCGCUGCGAUCAACGCUGUGGUGCUCCCCUUCACCGAGGGUCUGGUCCCCUUCUUCCAGAUCUCCAACCUGGGCCCCUUUGUGCUCUUCACCAACGCUGGCGUUGCUUUCGGUCUCAACAUUGCUGCCGUCUUCCUAAUUGGCGCCGCUAGCUCUUUGACCUUGACACUCGCCGGUGUCAUCAAGGACAUCCUCCUCAUCCUCGGUUCCAUGCUCCUCCUCGGCGACACUGUCAGCGGUCUCCAGUUCCUCGGUUACGGUAUCGCUCUUACUGGUCUCGUUGCCUUCAAGACGCACAAGGGUUGA